AUGCAGAUGUAUCUUCCGUUUUGUGGAAUCGCCAUAUCUAACGCUCAGCUCUUUGCUGCCUCAAGGAAAGAAUAUGAAAGAAGCAGAGCUUUGCUAGAGGUGGUUAAUGACCUCUUUGAAGAACAAACUGACCUGGAGAAAAUUGUCAAGAAAAUAAUGCAUCGGGCCCAAACUCUGCUGAAAUGUGAACGCUGUUCUGUUUUACUCCUCGAGGACAUUGAAUCACCAGUGGUGAAAUUUACCAAAUCCUUUGAAUUGCUGUCCCCGAAGUGCAGUGCUGAUGCUGAGAACAGUUUCAAAGAAAGCAUGGAGAAAUCGUCGUACUCCGACUGGCUAAUAAAUAAUAGCAUUGCUGAGCUGGUUGCUUCAACAGGCCUCCCAGUGAACAUCAGUGAUGCCUACCAGGAUCCGCGCUUUGAUGCAGAGGCGGACCAGAUAUCUGGUUUUCACAUAAGAUCUGUUCUCUGUGUCCCUAUUUGGAAUAGCAACCACCAAAUAAUUGGAGUGGCUCAAGUGUUAAAUAGACUUGAUGGGAAACCUUUUGAUGAUGCGGAUCAACGACUUUUUGAGGCUUUUGUCAUCUUUUGUGGACUUGGCAUCAACAACACAAUUAUGUAUGAUCAAGUGAAGAAGUCCUGGGCCAAGCAGUCUGUGGCUCUUGAUGUGCUAUCAUAUCAUGCAACAUGUUCAAAAGCUGAAGUUGACAAGUUUAAGGCAGCCAACAUCCCUCUGGUGUCAGAACUUGCCAUCGAUGACAUUCAUUUUGAUGACUUUUCUCUUGACGUUGAUGCCAUGAUCACAGCUGCUCUCCGGAUGUUCAUGGAGCUGGGGAUGGUACAGAAAUUUAAAAUUGACUAUGAGACACUGUGUAGGUGGCUUUUAACAGUGAGGAAAAACUAUCGGAUGGUUCUGUACCACAACUGGAGACAUGCCUUCAACGUGUGUCAGCUGAUGUUCGCGAUGUUAACCACUGCUGGGUUUCAAGAGAUUCUGACCGAGGUGGAAAUUUUAGCCGUGAUUGUAGGAUGCCUGUGUCAUGACCUCGACCACAGGGGAACCAACAAUGCCUUCCAAGCUAAGAGCGGUUCUGCCCUGGCCCAACUCUAUGGAACCUCUGCUACCUUGGAGCAUCACCAUUUCAACCACGCCGUGAUGAUCCUUCAAAGUGAGGGUCAUAAUAUCUUUGCUAACCUGUCCUCCAAGGAAUAUAGUGACCUUAUGCAGCUUUUGAAGCAGUCAAUAUUGGCAACAGACCUCACGCUGUACUUUGAGAGGAGAACUGAAUUCUUUGAACUUGUCAGUAAAGGAGAAUACGAUUGGAACAUCAAAAACCAUCGUGAUGUAUUUCGAUCAAUGUUAAUGACAGCCUGUGACCUUGGAGCCGUGACCAAACCGUGGGAGAUCUCGAGACAGGUGGCAGAACUUGUAACCAGUGAGUUCUUUGAACAAGGAGAUCGGGAGAGAUUAGAGCUCAAACUCACUCCUUCGGCAAUUUUUGAUCGGAACCGGAAAGAUGAACUGCCUCGGUUGCAACUGGAGUGGAUUGAUAGCAUCUGCAUGCCUUUGUAUCAGGCACUGGUGAAGGUCAAUGUGAAACUGAAGCCGAUGCUAGAUUCAGUAGCUGCAAACAGAAGUAAGUGGGAAGAGCUGCACCAAAAACGGCUGCUGGCCUCAACUGCCUCAUCCUCCCCUGCCAGUGUUAUGGUAGCCACGGAAGACAGGAACUAACCCUCCAGGUCAGCUGCAGCUACAAAGUGACUCAGCCUGAAGGGCCACUUUCAGUCCAGCCAUGUCAUCCUUUUGUUCUUUUAGUUCAGAAAGACCUAACAUCUCAAGGAUGCACUGGGAAGCAUGCCUGGGCUUUCACCUUGAAGCGUGAUCAGCAGCAGAGAGAGCAACGGGAAGGACAAAGAAAGAGGUGGGGCAGGGAGCACACCCCAGGACCCUCACUUUUUCCCUAAUGAACACGCAUGGGCUG